GUUAAAUGAAACAGCCAAUCGUAGGAGAGCCCUUCUAGCCAAUCACAGUCGAGGAAGGCGGGAUCUUCCUUGGACAUGCUACGAUUCCAAAUCCCGCUCCCUACAGACCCGCCUGUUUCGUUUGAUUGGCUGGAGCUCCGGGAGUCACGUGACCGUCUGCUCCGUGACCAAAACAGGAAGAGCUACGACCCAAGAUGGCUGCUGUCUUCCUGGGUCUCCUGCUGGCUGGUCCGGUUCUGCUGGUCACCUCCAGUCCACUUCAUGAGCUCAGCAAUGGGACCAUUCCCCUGGUGAUGUGGCAUGGGAUGGGGGACAGCUGCUGCAACCCGCUCAGCAUGGGCUUCAUCAAGAAGACCAUCGAGGAGGAGAUCCCCGGCAUUUACGUCCUGUCGCUGAGGAUUGGGAAGAACGUGGUGGAGGACAUGGAAAAUGGGUUCUUCAUGGACGUGAACUCUCAGGUGUCGAUGGUGUGCAGCCAGCUGGCUCAGGACCCCACGCUGCAGAGAGGCUACAACGCCAUGGGCUUCUCUCAGGGAGCCCAGUUCCUAAGAGCUGUGGCUCAGCGCUGCCCCGCUCCUCCAAUGAGGACACUGAUUUCUGUUGGUGGACAGCACCAAGGUGUGUACGGGCUUCCCAGGUGUCCUGGGGAGAGUUCUCACAUCUGUGAUGUCAUCCGUGAAGCUCUGAACCGUGGUGCCUACAGUGACCUGGUCCAGAAGCACCUGGUCCAGGCCCAGUACUGGCAUGACCCGCUAAACGACGACCUGUAUAAGAAGCACAGCCUGUUUCUGGCCGACAUCAACCAGGAGCGGGGCGUGAAUGAGACCUACAAGAAGAACCUUCAGCAGCUGAAGAAGUUUGUGAUGGUGAAGUUCCUGCAGGACACCGUGGUGGACCCGGUCGACUCAGAGUGGUUCGGCUUCCUGAAGACGGGUCAGGCCAAAGAGACGGAGACGCUGCAGGAGAGCGUUCUCUACAAAGAGGACCGCCUGGGCCUCGCCGCCAUGGACCACGCUGGGAAGCUGCUGUUCCUGUCCACUGAAGGAGACCACCUCCAGUUCACCCCCGAGUGGUUCCGCAACAACCUGCUGCCCCUGCUGAGGUAGAGCAGCGGACCGGACCGGUCCCAGAGGUUCUGCUCUGUACCUUUACUGUGAAAAGCUUCACUGGGUUUUUCUCGCCUAACGGAGAAUCCUGAACUGCUUAUUCCCAGGAAGCAGCAGCGUUCCCAGCAUGGCCAGCUCUAAUGGGAAUAAACACAAACUCUGGUUUUAUUGCAACGUUUUAAUGAUCUCAUGUUUCUGCUGCUGGGCCCAAAAUAAAGACGCUGACAGAUCA